AUGCCCACAAAAAAGAAAAAAACAAGACAGAGUCCAGAAGAGGAAACCAAAGAUGUAGAGGACGAUGACUCAGAGGAUCAGGAACCAAAAUCCAAGAAGAAAAGUAAGCAGGUGAGUGAGUCAGAGGAUGCCAGAAGAUUGAAGAAGAAGUUUAAAGACAGCGAUGAAGAAGGAUACAAGUCUGACACAUCAGGGCCUGAUUUGAGGAGCACCAAGAAUAAAGGGAGAGCUAAAGAAAAGGUUAAAAAAAAGACGAGGAAAGCCGAAGAGGAUAACAGGGAUGAGUGGAGCAAGUACUCUCAGAGCUCAGAAAAUGAGGAUAACAACAACGACUCCUGGAGUAAAAAGAGAGCGGAAAACCUCCCUGAUGUGAUCGAGACCACAAAGAAAGGAUCAAAGAAGCCCUCUUUGAAAGACAAGAUGGGGUCUAAAAACAAAAAGUCCAAAGAUGAAGUCAAAAAAUCCAAGAAGGAUUCGGAGAAAGAGGAAGAACAGACAGCAGGGGAUGAAGAGGAAGGGAAGAAGAAAAAGAAAGAAAAGAAGAAGAAAGGUUCAGAGAAGGGAGAUAGUGAUGAGGACAACAAGAAGACAAAAGGGAAGAAGAAGAAGGUUGAAAAUUACGUUGAAAUCUAUGAGAAUGAGCUUCGCAACUACGAGCCAGAAAAGGUGGAGAACUACGAGGACGAGUAUCACAAAAAGAAAGUGUAUGAGGUGGUGACCAUCACGGGCGACGAGACAGGUGCAGGGACUGAUGCCAACGUGUUUGUGACACUGUUCGGAGAAUAUGGCAUCGCUCCCAAAGUUCACCUGGCCAGCAAGAGUCGCACAGCAUUCGAGAGGGCUAAAACUGAUGUGUUCAGAAUCAGAACUCACAAUGUUGGAGCUUUGAAAAAGAUAAGGAUUGAGCAUGACAACACUGGCAUGAACGCCAGCUGGUUCCUGGACAGGGUGGUGGUGACGGACGUGAUCAGGCCUCACCUGAGGUUCUACUUUGCUUGCAACAACUGGCUCAGCAAGGUGGCGGGAGAUGGUCUUUAUAUCAGAGACCUGCUGGGUAGCAUGGAUCCCAUGGACAUGCCCAAAUAUAAUAAGUAUGCAGUGACUGUUUUCACCCCGGAUUUAAAAGGCAGUGGAACGGAUGCUGAUGUCUUCAUCAAUAUCUUCGGGGAGUUUGGAGACACAGGUGAAAGGCGACUUGACAAUGACAAGAAUAACUUUGAAAAGGGCUCGGAGGACAAGUUCACCAUUGAGGCACCAAACUUGGGCAAAGUGAGGAAGAUUACAAUCGGUCAUAAUAACAAAGGCUCUUCAGCAGGAUGGUUUGCGGACAAGGUAAUUGUGGAUGAUAUGGGAAACAAAAUAGUUUACGAGUUUCCAAUCAGUCGUUGGUUUGCCCUGGAUGAGGAUGAUGGAAAGAUCCAGAGAGACAUUUUGGUUGGGGGGAGCCAGCCUACAGGUAUUGUGUACAACGUCCAGAUUGUGACAGGAUACAUCCGCGGUGCAGGGACCAACUCCAAUAUCCACAUUGUGAUGCAUGGCACGAAAGGCAUUAAAAACAGUGGCAAGGUGUUUUUGGAGGGUGGAAAGUUUGAGCGAGGCCUGACAGAUAUCUUUAAUGUUGAGAUCGCCGCGCUCCUCAGUCCCGUCAGCAGAGUCACCAUCGGACACGACAAUGAUGGAGUCAGUUCCGGGUGGUUCUGCGAGAAGGUGGUGGUGUACUGUCCAUUCACAGGAAUAGAACAGACCUUCCCGUGUAGUAAGUGGCUGGAUGAGAAGGAGGGAGAUGGGCUUAUAGAGAGAGAGCUCUAUGAGAUGGUCUCACUCAGGCAGAAAAGACAGAAGAAGCACCCCUGGUCUUUGUGGAUCUGGACGUCAGACAUGUCCGGUGCAGGAACAGAUGCAGCCAUCUCCUUCCAGGUUUAUGGUGAGAAGGGCAAGAGUGAUGAGAUGAGACUGGACAACAAGACAGACAAUUUUGAACAGGGACAAGUGGACAGGUUUAUGGUUGAGCUGCCUGAUUUAGGGACAUUGACCAAAUUACGUAUCUGGCAUGAGAAGAGAAAUCCUUUUGCAGGAUGGCAUCUCAGUAAGGCAACUCUGAUGAAGACACUGACAAAGGAGAAGUACACGUUUCCCUGUGAGCGCUGGCUGGACACGAAUGAAGACGAUAAUGAGGUAGUGAGGGAGCUAACUGCCACAGGAAAGCAGGUCGCUGAACCGCUGUCAUUGAUCAAAUACAGAGUGACAGUUUGCACGGGGACUGUUGGCGGCAGCGGCACAGACGCAUCCGUUUUUCUAAAUCUCAUUGGAGACCGGGGGGACACCGGAGAUCGGCAGCUGGUCAACUGCAAAAACAACGUCAACAAGUUUGAAAAAGGAAAUCUGGAUGAGUUCUUAGUAGAGGCAGUGGCAAUCGGUCAGGUCUGCAGGGUGAGGAUUGGACACGACGGCAGAGGUGGAGGCUGCGGCUGGUUUCUUGAUAAAGUGGUCGUAAGAGAGGACGGACAGGCUGAGGCCCAAGCUGUGGAGUUUCCCUGCAACAGGUGGCUGGACCGCAAUGAGGAUGACGGACAGAUUGUCAGAGAGUUAUUGCCAUUUGCAAAUGGGCAGCGUCUUUACAAUGUUGGCUAUCACAUUGCAGUGAAGACAGGUGACAUCCCUGGAGGCAGCUCAGACUCCAGCGUGUUUGUCAAGCUCUAUGGGGAGAAGGGCAACACCAGUAAGAUGCUGCUGGUGGUCUCUGCCAACAACCUUGGGAACUACUUUGAGACGGGUCGCAUUGACAUCUUCACAGUGGAAACCUUUGAUAUCGGACAGAUCAACCGUCUGAUGAUUGGCCACACAAAUGAAGGCAUGCGUGCAGGCUGGUUUUUGGACAGCGUUCAGAUCCUGGUGCCAGUCCAUGGAAGGCAGUACAUGUUCCCCAGUCACCGCUGGCUGGAUGAGUGUGAGGCUGACGGCAAGACAGAGGUGGAGAUUUACCCGAGCGAGAUCCUGGAGAUGGAACAAUUGAUUAACUACGAGGUUACAGUAGUGACAGGAGAUGUGAUGUUUGCUGGCACCAACGCCAGAGUGUUCAUUCAGAUCUACGGGGACAAGGGGAAGACAGAAGUCCUCACGCUGGAAAGCAGAUCCAACAACUAUGAAAGGAACACCACAGAAAUAUACAAGAUAGAGGCCAAAGAUGUGGGGAAGGUCUUCAAGAUCCGCAUUGGUCACGAUGGCUCAGGGAUCGGAUCUGGCUGGUUCCUAGAGACGGUGGACGUCAAACAUCUCAUCAUGGCCUUGAUGCCCAAGGAGAAGAAAAAGGAGGAUAAGAAGAAGAAGAAAAAAAAGAAGAAAGACGAGGAAGAUGAAGAAGAGGAGGGAGGAGAGGAGAUGCAGGAAGUGGUGCUGACUUACCAUUUCCCCUGCUCGCGCUGGCUGGCCGGGGGGGAGGAGGACGGCGAGCUGGUGGUGGAGCUGCUGUCUGAGGAUGCAGAGGAGCUGGAAGGUAUGAAAAUAAACAUAACUCUGUGUCCGUUUUUUCCUGACCGACAUUCGCGAUGGGCUAAAGAGGUGUUAGUAAUUCAUCCCUUUUGUUGUCUGACAGUCAACACCUACGAAGUGUGCGUCUUCACUGGGGACACGCUGGGUGCUGGGACCGACUCCAAAGUCUUCAUUAAUAUUUACGGAGAAAACGGAGACACGGGAGAGCGCUAUCUGAGGGACUCUGACAACAUCAACAAAUAUGAGCGAGGGCAGGAGGAUGUUUUCACUGUGACAGCUGUCGAUCUGGGUCCUCUGAAGAAGCUACGAAUCCGACAUGAUAACAUUCAGUCUAAUUCAGCUUGGUAUCUGGAUCGGGUUGAGAUAGUUGACACAAAGGAUGAUAUAACGUACUUUUUCCCGUGUAACCGCUGGCUGGCAGUGGAUGAGGACGAUGGACAAUUAGCAAGAGAGCUAGUACCUGUGGACGAGGCCUUUAUGAGAAGAGAGGACGAUGAGGAGGGGACAGGCGCCACCCUGGGCCUCGAGCAGAAAUCCAUGUCUACUACUUACACUCUCAAAUUAAAAACUGGAGAAAAGAAGUACGCUGGGACUGAUGCCAACGUCUUUGCCAUCUUAUUUGGUGAAAAUGAUGACACAGGGAUCGUCAACCUUAAGGCUUGUAAGAACUACAAGAAUAAGUUUGAAAAGGGGAUGAUCAACGAGUUCACUGUGGAGGCGGUGGAUUUGGGCGAACUGGUAAAGCUACGAAUUGGACACGACAACUCGGGGGGUUCACCAGGUUGGUUCUUGGACUGGGUGGAGGUAGACGCCCCCUCACAGGGUCAGAGACUGCGUUUCCCAUGUGGCCGCUGGUUAGAUAAAGGAGAGGACGAUGGGGCCAUUGUGCGGGACCUCUAUCCUGCUGAUUUACAGACCGAACUGUACAUGCCAUUUGUGCCGUACGAGAUCAAGAUAUUCACCAGUGAUGUGUUUGGCGCUGGAACAGAUGCUGAUGUGUUCAUCGUUUUAUAUGGACGUAACGCACUGUCCACACAGCAGAAGUACCUGUGUGUCAACAAGAGAGAGAGGCGUCUGUACUUUGAGAGGGGAGCUGAGGACAUGUUUAUCGUGGAGCUGGAGGAUAUCGGUGAUGUUAUCGAGAAAAUCAGGAUAGGACAUGACAACAGGGGCUCUAACCCAGGGUGGCACCUGGACAGAGUGGAGAUCAGACGACAGCUCAGGAAAGGAAAGGGUUCAGAGACGACUAUUUUCCCAUGUGAGUGCUGGCUCGCUAAGUCUGAGGAUGAUGGGGAGACGGUGAGGGAGCUGGUCCCCUCGGAGAUCAUCACAGAGAAACUCCUCAGGGAUGGGAAGCUGAAAACCACUGAAGUAGAGGUGGAGGACGCUUUGGAAACUCACACAUACAAUGUGACAGUGAGGACAGGUGAUACGUACAGAGCAGGAACCGAUGCCAAUGUAUUUCUCACAAUUUACGGAGACCUCGGAGACACAGGAGAGCGCAAACUGGCCAAAUCUGAAAACAACAAGAACAAGUUUGAGAGAGGAGAGGUGGACAAAUUCACUAUUGAGGCUGUGGACUUGGGCCAGGUUUUUAAGAUUCGUAUUCGCCAUGACAACUCCAUGGAAGGGGCUGAUUGGUACCUGGACCAGGUGGAGGUGCUGGAUUUAGAAACAGAGGAGGUGUAUAUGUUCCUGUGUGAGCGCUGGCUGUCGACCAAGAAAGAGGACAAACGCAUCGAUAGGACCUUCUUUGUCAAGGGGUAUGAAGGUGAAAGAAGUUCUGAUCCAUACUCCAAGAUGAUCGCUCAGGCCAAACUGGGGCUGGACGGAAACGCCAACAAGAAGAAAAAGAAGAAAAAGGUGGCAGUGGUGGAUGAGGGUCCAAUCAUCCCCUAUCAUUUCACCAUAUCCACGGGGAUGGACCGAGACGCCAGCACCACAGCCAGGGUCUUUGUCAUCAUCAUCGGCCCCAGCGAUGUGGAGACAGACCGGAUGUGGCUGGACUUGCCGGAGGGGAAGAAAGCCUUCACAGCAGGCACCAUGGAGCACUUUGUGUGCUAUGGAAUUGACGUAGGAGAGAUCAAGAGGGUGGAACUUGGCCAUAACGGUGUCACACCAGAGAGCUGCUGGUUGGCGGAUGAGCUGUCGGUUGCCGUGCCAACCAAAGGUAUCAAGUACAUCUUUCCAUGUAAGUGCUGGCUGGCUAAAGACAGGGGAGAUGGUCUGACUGCCAGGCUGUUCAAUGUGCUGGACUCCAGCACCAUCAACAUUAUCCGCAAAGUUAUUUAUUCAGCAACAGUUGUCACAGGUGAUACUCAGUAUGCAGGCACUGAUACCAACAUUUUCCUCACCGUGUUCGGAGCCAACGGGAGCACAGAGGAAAUGCUGCUGCCAAAAAACGAGGACAGGUUUGAAAGAGAUCAAGAAGACACGUUCAGUCUGGAGAUCGACGACAUCGCUCCUCUGAAAAAGAUCAGAGUCCGCAUUGACGCCACUGGAAGUCGCCCUGACUGGUUUCUUGACAGGAUCCUGAUGCGGAACCUGACCACAGAGGAGGUGUAUCUGUUUACAUACGAGAACUGGCUGUCAAAAACAAAAGGACCUAAAAGGACUAAAGUGUGCGAGCUGGCUGCUGUGGUGGAUGAGGAGGAGAUGGUGGAGAAAACAACCUACAUCAUCCAGGUCCAGACCAGUGAUGUCGGAGGUGCUGGCACUGAUGCCAAUGUGUUCGUGAUAGUGUUUGGGGAGUUCGGCGACACGGGGAUGCUGCCUUUGAAGGAGAGCUCCAACAGGAACAAGUUUGAGCGUAAAAUGAAAGACGUGUUCAGAUUCCCUGACAUACUCAGUCUGGGUGAGCUGUCCAAGGUCCGAGUGUGGCAUGACAACAAAGGCCUGGCUCCCGGUUGGCACCUGGAGUACAUUGACGUGAAAGAUGAGGCCAUGGACCAGACCUUCAGGUUCCCCUGCGACCGCUGGUUAGCUAAAAGUGAAGACGACGGGCAGAUCAUGAGGGAGCUGGCCUGUGCCAACAACGACUCUUUAGACCUCAGUGAAAAAACCAAAUAUGAAAUUGCCACAAUAACUGCGAACGCGGACGACGCCGCCACCGCAGAAAAUGCCUGGAUUGUUCUGGAAGGAAGGAAAGCUCGUUCCAAAGAGUUUGUCCUGGAGAAUAAGAAAAAGAAGUUCUUAAAUGGUGCCACCGACACGUUUGAGUUCUCGUCAAAGCACGUGGGAGAGAUUGCCGGCAUCUGCCUUGGCCACGUGACAAAAGACGGAAAGAAGGUGAAGAAGGAAGCGCUCUGGCACGUCAUGGAGGUGGUGGUGACAGAAAUGGAGCUGGGAAACAAGUACUUCUUCCACUGUGACGCACAAAUCCCCCUGGCUGCCAAAAAAGACCACUUCCUGACAUUCGAGUGCUACAAGUCCGUCGAGAGCUUCGCGAGCAAAGUGCGCAACCUCGUCCCCGUCAAGUAUGAAAUCAUCGUCAUCACCGGGGACGUGAAAAAGGGCGGCACAGACGCCAACGUUUUCAUCACCAUUUACGGCGUCAACGGUGACUCGGGCAAGCGCCACCUGCGUCAGAAGUUCCGUAACCUUUUCGAACGAGGCCAAACGGACCGCUUCGUCCUGGACAUGCUGGACCUCGGGGAGCUGCUGAGGGUCAAAGUGGAGCACGACAACGACGGCCCAAACGGCGGGUGGUAUUUAGAGUGUGUGGAGGUGACCAACACCGCCAACUCAGUGACAACCAUCUUCCAGUGUGGAAAGUGGCUGGACUCUUGUAAGGCCGACGGGCAGAUUCAGCGAGUGCUCUACCCAAGAUAUUAGGAGGAGGACACGGAGAGUGGGUGAGCAUUCACUUGGAAGACAUUUGGUAACUUUUUGACUUUUUUUUAAUGCAUUUGAAAGGAGACUUGUGUCACUUUAAGUCUUAUUGUACCACAUGUUUUUUCACCAGUUUUCAUUUGUAAGUUUGUGCCAACUGGUUUAGGUUGCCCUUCUUCUAACAAAACAAAAAGCCAUUUUAUACCAUCUUUAAAUAAACUCAAAAGCAGAACCCAAAGCAUCCAGCAUAAAAAAACAUCCAGUCUUUCUUUAUUCAUUCUUCGUUCUGUGUUUAGUUUUUGAUUGUCCAGGUUUAGCAUUUUAGCAUCAUUAAACUCUGCUCAGUCCUAAACACUUCUCCUCUGCAGGAGGAAGAAAAAGACCAUCCUAUUUAAAAUGUAGUGAUACGCAUGAAAAGUAUGACAUUGUUCACAUGGGAAAUAUGACUGAAUAAACAGAACAGCCGGUAUACGAACUGAAAAAGACGUUUGUCACUGUGGUCUUGAUAGACACUUUUCUCCCACAAUGCAAUGCAUAUGGGAAAUGUAAAAGUCACUCAGAGCUGCAAAGGAUUCAAACUAAUUGUCCCAGAGAGAAUAAAACAGCAACAGCAUCACAGUUUGGGAAGCACAUUUUCUGUCUCUUUGUGAGGUUGAAUUGACAGUGACAUUUCAGUGCUGCAGUUUGA